AUGUCAACUACUCCAGAAUGGGUCAUGAUUGGAGGAGAAGGUCCUGAGAGUUACAACCAGAAUUCCUCAUAUCAGAGAGCAUUGUUGGAGGCAGCAAAGGAAAAGAUGAGCGAGAUUAUUUCAGCCAAACUAAGUCUCGAAUUGAUUUCCGAUCGCUUCUAUGUAGCGGAUUUCGGUUGUGCGAGUGGACCCAACACUUUUGUCGCAGUUCAGAACAUAAUAGUUGCUGUAGAAGAAAAAUACAAAACAGAAACCGGACAAAACCCAGUGGACAACAUCGAGUUCCAAGUCCUCUUCAACGACUUUACCAACAACGAUUUCAAUACCCUCUUCCAAGCACUCCCUGCCGGCAGACGAUAUUAUAGUGCCGGGGUUCCAGGUUCGCGUGUUCUUCCUAAGAAGAGUUUCCACAUAGGAUUUAUCAACUAUGCAUUUCAUUUCACCUCCAAAAUCCCCGAGGGGAUCACGGACGAUGACUCUCCCUCAUGGAACAAAGACAUGCACUGCACUGGAUUCAAUGAAGCGGUCAAGAAGGCUUAUCUUGAUCAAUACUCGGUGGACACCAAGGAUCUAUUAGAUGCUAGAGCUGAAGAGAUUGUAGAUGGGGACAAGAUGUCCGAGACCUCUAAAGGAAUAGUGAUGGAUUUCAUUGGCGAGUCUCUUAAUGAUCUUGCUCAACAGGGUAUCAUCGACCAGGACAAGGUAGACUCUUUCAGCACCCCUCUCUACGUUCCAGAAGAAGGCGAAAUAAGACGUAUCAUAGAUGAGAAUGGGAAGUUUACAAUCGAGUCUUUUGAGGAUAUCAUUCAUCCAAAUGGGGAGUUUCCAUUAGACCCAAAGAUCUUGGCCGUCUCUUUCAGGGCGUCCUAUGGAGCUUUUCUGUCUGCACAUUUUGGAGUUGAAGCAAUGAAGAAAGCGUUUGAGCUUGUCGAGGUCAAAGCAGAAGAAGACAUAACCCGCAUCAAGAACGCCAAACCGGGAAUGCAGUACCUCAUCGUUCUUCGCAAGAACUAA